GCCGCGGCGGCGACGGCGGCGUCACCGCAGGGCCCCGUGUUCGUGCCGACGAGCCGAGUGACGCAGAUGCUGCCGUCGCUGCCGUACCUCCACCCGCCAUCGCAACCGCAACACGGCGGCGGGGGUGGCGGAGGAGGCGGUAGCGGCGGUGGCGGCCAUUCAGCCUGGAGCCCUUCGUCGUCUGUGUCCGGCGGGACCGGCGGGGCUCCUGAAAGCGACGGCGGCGGCCUGGCCGGCGUCUCGUACUCGACCGUGCCGAUGCACCAGAGUCUGGCGCCUCGCUUCUCCUACACGGCGGCCUCCGGCAGCGCCGUGGGAACUCGAGAGCCCUUCGUGGGCAGCCCCCUGGCCGCGUCGGCCGCCGGCAGAGACCACCACCCCCACCAGCACCACCACCACCACCAGCAGCACCAACACCAGCAGCAGCAGCAGCAGUACACGUGCGGCUCGCUGGGCAUCUCGCUGAACGGGGCGUACAACGGCGUCUACUCGCCCUACGUGAGCCACGAGGUGGCGGCGGCGGCGGCGUGGUCCUCGCCGGGGCCCUUCGAGGGCGGCUCGCUGCUCCACCACGGCAUCCAUGCAGGCCGCCCGCCGCACCUGCAGGCCCGCAGGCCCGAGUACGAGCUGAUGGAUGACUUCAUGGAGGGCCGCGAGUGUGUGAACUGUGGCGCCAUGUCUACACCGCUGUGGCGACGUGACGGCACGGGACACUACCUGUGCAACGCGUGCGGCCUCUACCACAAGAUGAACGGCAUCAACCGGCCCCUCAUCAAGCCUCCACGGCGCAUGCAGUCCGGCUCGCGCCGCGUCGGCCUCUCGUGCUCCAACUGCCAGACGAGCACCACGACGCUGUGGAGGAGGAACACUGACGGGGACCCUGUGUGCAACGCCUGCGGCCUCUACAGCAAGCUCCACGGCGUCCCGCGGCCCCUCGCCAUGAAGAAGGAGGGAAUCCAGACGCGUAAACGCAAACCAAAGAACCCCAACAAGUGCAAGCCCCAUCCGGGGCCGGGUCAGGCGGGGGAGCUGGGAGUCGGCACGGGGAAGGGAGCGACCCCCACGGAGCCAAUCGCCCUCAUCAAGAUGGACCCAGGCCUGGGCACGUCCGGGUACAGCUCGCCCAACGCCACACAGGGUUCAUCCCCGGCCUCUCCCGUGGCCGGCGUCCAGAGCCCGCGCUCGGGCGCGCUGGCCAUGCACGCGGUGGCGACGGCGGUGCAGCGGAGGAACCUCUCGCCGUCGGCGCCGACCCAUCACCAACCGCAUCAGCCCCACCAUCACCACCACCAGCAUCACCAGCAUCACCAGCAGCAGCAGCAGCAGCACCAUCACCAGCAGCAGCACCAGCAGGUGUUGUCGGAGCAGCACGACGCGGGGUCGGAGGGCGCGCGACACGGGUUCUGGUGCGCGAUGACCCUGGUGUAGUCCCCAGUCGCUCUCCGCGGCGAGAGCCGAAGUUUCUUGAUUCGUGACGUUCCGGCAGCGGCGCUUCCCCCCCCCCGCCCCCCCCACCCCCAUCCUGCGAAGCGCAACUCCCCUGCGUUGGCAGCCGCAGCGCUUCCUGCUGGACGUCCGUGGAAAAGAGCUUCAUAGCUCACCGGAUUCCUCCGGGAUCAACGAUGAUUGGGACACGAGCGAAAGCUGCGGGGCCGGUGUCGACGUCGGGUGUCUCGUCAGCUGGUGGCCGGGCCAAGGCACGGAAGGAGACGCUGUCGUCCGUCUGGAAACGUCGGGCGCCAACGGAAGGUUUCGCUUCAGCGCUGGUCCUGUCCGUCCGGACCGUCGACCCUGGAAAAAUAUUUCCGCACCCGGCGCACCGCGUCCGGGGUCGCCCGUACCGCCCGCGGGAACGUGAAAUCGUAAAAUACUCUUGACGCGGAAGAACGAAACAAGAACCGUGCGGUCAUCGCGACCACGGUCACCUAGCGAGGCAAGCGCCAGGCAACGAACGCCGGGUGUGGACGCUCGACGCUUCGCGGGGACUCGAGAGAGAUGCAGCUCUACGGUGUCCUAAGCAAGAGACGGUUCUGAUUAUAUUAUCAUUAUUAUUAUUAAUAAUAUGAAUAACAAUAUUAGACGUAAAAUGUACUACGUGUAUGCGGGGUGGCCCAAAAAGACGGGACACAUAGGGUAAUUAUAUUUAUUUUGACAAUUCAUAGCGGGGCUGCUUUUUACGUCUCCUUACAAAUGUUCAAACUGACUUCCAUGCACGGAUGCACGAAUUCUCUUUGGAAUUAUUUUUUUUCAUAUGAAAAUAUUACGGCUGCCUUCUUUUGCAAACACGCGCACGCACAUAUACAAACUGAAUUGAACUCGCUCAUCUUUAGUUAAUUUUCUUUGAAUUUUUAAAUGCCAUCCGGAGGAGGAGGGAGAGGAGGAAAAAUAAAUAUUAAUAUUGAUAACAAAUCACAUAUUAACUUACGGAAUAAAUUCGAUAUUUUAAUGAAAUAACCCUGUGGGUUCUGAACC